AUGAAGUCGUCUUAUUGCUGGGCAAAUGAUGAUACAGUGAUUCAUGCCGAAGCUGGGAACGAGGCGAAUUUCCUCACCAAGGCACAAUCUGCAACACUUGUCCGUCGACUAGGCUACGUGCUCCGAACUCAUCUACAAAUUGGAAGAAAAGGCACAGGCAAAGAUGUUGUGACUUGUAUCUGCUCCAACAAUCUCCUAAAUCCAACCUUGUUCUUUGCUGUUAUCGGGGCUGGCGGUGUUUAUUCUGCGGCAUCUACGGCGUUGACAGUAGCAGAGCUAGUCUGGCAAAUCCAGUCAAGCAACAGCGAUAUUAUUAUUGCUACCGAUGACAUGGCCGCUGUUGCUUUGGAGGCUGCAGAGAGGACUCAUAUAUCCCCGGGUAGGGUAUUGGUUCUUGAUUAUAUGAGGAGUGGUCGAAGCUUAAGCCCUUCUACAAACAGGCGUUGCAACUAUCUGAUGGAGACAAAGGAGCUUCCCUGGGAAAGAAUCACUGACAGCCAAGUCCUGGAGACUAGAGUGGUUGCUUUGCUCUAUUCAAGUGGUACCACUGGUGUGCCCAAAGGUGUACGCUUUUCGCAUAAGAAUUUCGUAGCAGAAGCCAUUCUAACACAGGCAGCCAUCGAGACCUAUCUCAGUCGCACAAACCAAAUGCUAAAUGUCGACUUCGAAUAUCGCACAAUCGCACACCUCCCGGUCGCCCACAUCUCCGGGCUGCAAGGCUACUUCAUUAACGGAACCAUGGAGGUGCCAUCUGUGUAUCUGCGGAUUGCUAAAAGCGCAUCUGUCACAUCCGAGUUCCAUAGUCUUCAGCAUGCCCAGUCAGGUGCUGCACCCAUGGGCCCAGAGCUACAAAAGUUAUCUGAGUCGAAGCUCAAGUGCAAGUUAAGCCAGGCGUGGGGGCUGACAGAGACAACUGGAGCGGUCACCUGGCUUCCCUGGGACCGUGAAGACAGCACUGGAAGCAUUGGUACAUUGCUGCCAAAUACACGCAUCAAAAUCGUCGAUGAUGAUGAAAUUGGUGUUCCCGACGGUCAUCGCGGUGAGAUCUUGGUGAAAGGUCCGAAUGUGACCAUGGGCUACUGGGGCAACGUCGAGGCAACAAGUAACGCAUUUACGGCAGAUGGAUGGUUUCGCACGGGUGAUAUAGGGGAGCGCAAGAAUGGAAAGUUCUACAUUGUUGACAGGAAAAAGUUGGAAUUGAUUAAGUACAAGGGCCUACAGGUAGCCCCUGCUGAGAUCGAAGCGCUUCUCCUUGGGCAUGACAGCAUCCUCGACGCAGCGGUGAUCGGUGUCGCCGACCCUGCCAUUCUGGGUAAUGAGAUCCCUCGUGCGUUCGUUGUCCGCAAGCCAGGGCAUGAUCUGAUUACGGAAGGCGAGGUUGAGAAUCAUGUCAGUUCCAAUUUAGCUCCACAUAAGAAAUUACGUGGAGGAGUCGUUUUCAUUGAACAGGUCCCGCGCAAUCCUUCAGGCAAGAUUCUUAGGCGCAAGUUAGCAGAGAGG